UUUGGAAGUAUUAUCAAAUAAUGAAAGAUCUUUGUUAAAUGCUCAGAAAUCUAAAGAAACAAAUGAAUUUAUGUAUAUCCCAUAUAUUCCAUCCCUUCUAAAUCCUAAUAGACCAGAAUUAUUAAGAUAUGUAAUCGAUUACUUUCCAAACAAAAGACACAAGAUCUGUAUUUAUAAAAAACAGAAGAGAAAAAAAAGUUUUUCAAAAAAAGCAUCUAAAUCAAAGAAAUCUGGUAUAGUCAGUAACAAAAGGCAUGAUAGCUUAAAAACUCCACACAACAAUGGAUUGGAUUACACUGAACCAAUUAUACAAAAUAUCAAAAUUUUUCAUAAUAAUUUAAUUCAACGACCAAGAACUGUAAAACAAAAUCUUUUACCUGAACAAGUUUUAAAUUCUGCAUGUGAUGAGCUGGAAUGGAAAUUAAAGUCAAGAAUUAAAUUCAAUAUCAAAUUUGCAAAUAAUUAA